UGUAGAUAUCUUUGUUAGAAAGAAUACUAUAUUUCCCUUCACAGAGUGAUCCUGAAUGUAAAAAAAUCGCUCAAUUGACCGCAGUCACCCAUAUGUGAUGAUGCCUAACUGAUUACAAGAGCACAGUAAUACCUCAGUUACCAGUACUUAAACAGGUGAGCAGUAUAGAUGCUGUAGUAUAUAGGCCAACAGACUAACUCAGUCCCACUUGAAAAGAAAACGAACAAACUAGGUAGUAUUUAUAUAAAGUGCAGCCUCCCUCUCUUAGCUAAUAGCUAGCUAAGUGUUCUAGCUAGCCAAGAAGUGGGAAAUCGCGGGCAUUAGCGCGUGCCUAUCCAAUCUGACUGGCGAAAAGGAGGCCCCUGCUUUAUUCGACGAAGCUUGGAGGAGGCUGCCUAGCUAACUACAGUAGAUUCUUUGAUUGAGUGAAGACACUGGAAUAAGAUGAGAAGAUAUGAAAACCAGCAGGCCAGACCUACUGCAGGAUGCCUCUCUGUGCCUCUGUUUAACCAGAAGAAAAGGAGCAGGCUGCCUUUGACAUCCAAUCCCUCAGAGAACAAAUUCUGCUCCGGCAAUGAAUACAUGCCCACACACAGCUCUGCUUCAUCCAUCAACACAUCAGGUAACACAGGCUAUUACCAAGAUCAAGCCCCAAGGUGUCCUGCACCUGCUGCUCAGGACAAUCAGUGGAGCAGACAAGGCAACCAGCAGCAGUCUCAACCACAGUCUCAGUAUCCUAACAGUCAACCUGCACCGGGACCUGUGGGGAGAAGGUUUGCACCUCUGCCACACCCAUACAAAGCUGGGAAUACAGGUCCGCAGAUGGGACAGCCACCAGUGAAGCAGGACUCAAGAGUCCCUACAAACCCCAGACAGAGCAACUACAAUGCACCUUUCAGCAGUGGGAACACACAGAACAAGCCAGUACCCCCAAGUAGCUACUCUCAGAUGGGUCAGCAGCAGCAGUCAGGUUACAGACCGAGACAGGACAACCCACCAGAGCCUCCUCUUUACUCCCAGCAGUCUAAACCCACUCCCCCUCCAAGCAGACCAAGUCCUGGUCCUGGACCACAGAAGCAGAGCACAUCCUGGAAGUUUAGAACCACCACCAACACUGGGCCACAGAAACAGCUGAUGGAAGACAGAGACACAUAUCAAACUCAAAAUACCUCUCAGUCUCAGGUACAACAUACUACAUCUGUGUUCCAGGUCAAACCAGCAACUGAGAACUCUCUGAGGAUCCUGACUGCUGUCAUUGAUGGCAUUAGACACUGGAGCCAGUUCAAGGACAGAGCCCCAUACCUAUUUGAGAUAUUCGCCACUCUUGACUCUGCAGUUACCGGCGGAUCUCAUGGAGCUAAGAACUUCCUCAUGAGAGAUGGGAAAGAGGUGGUGCAGUGUGUCUUCUAUGAAAAUGAGCUGGAGCUGCCCAGGCUGAUCCGAGGCCAGGUGCACCGCUGUGUGGGGAACUACGACCGCACCAGGGACAUCCUCACCUGUGUGUCUGUCAGGGCCGCUCUGCCCUCAGAGCAGAGGAACGCACAGGAGUCUAUCAAAGCGUCGGACGCUGAGAUGAGGGACCUGGUGAAAUCACUCAGUGAAGUCUGAUCAGCAGCAAAGAAACACAUAAGAGAGCUUCCAACAACAGUUCAAAGGAAAAACAAUUGUCUUUGCCAAUGGGUUUUUGUGAGUAUCACUAUAUGGCAAGCGCUCUCCUCUUUAUUAGAAACUGAAGGAUCCUACUGUAUAUAGAGUCCUACUGUAUGUAGAUCCUUGACAUGUCUGAAUAUUCUCCAGGGAUGAGUAGUACGUGAUUCCCGAUUUAUUUUUUAAAGAAUAUUCUGAACUGGGCAGUUCAAGUGUAUGCAGUUUCACCUGCUUGCCUGUAAAUGGUGCCAUCUGUUUGUGACAAGCAACAAAUUAAGAUUGUGUGUUUAUGAAUUUCCUAAUGUUGAAUCUGUACUUGCAUCUGUAUAUCAGCAGAGUACAGAUAAGGUAUAUAUGUUUUUCUUGUGUAUAUAAUACUUAACACAUUUCACAUUUUUCAUAUGUGCAAUUCUGUUUUUGGACAAAAAAUAAAACCCCUUUCUCUUCUUCAUUUA